GUUGGUGAAGCAAUAUACUUAUUCUCAUGCAUAUCAUUGUUUUGAAAGCAUAAGUUGAUUAAAUAAUAUCAGAUUGGACCUCUGUUUAAAAUUGCGGUUUAUUUUGAAGUAGCUUUCUGCUUAACACAUUUACCUCAUUAAAGCACAUUUACCUCAUUAAAGUCAUUAAAGCAGAAGGUUUACUUUAGACAGCGUGUUUGAUGAAAGUUAACUCAAAUAAUUCCCAAAAAUUCCAUCUGACUAAAAGAAGGCCUUUUCAAAGUCUUUAUGGAUGUUAAGAUGUCAGUAUGGGUGGCACUGCUAGCUAUGGCACAAGGUGUGGACUGCCUGCAGUUUUGCUUUGCCUUGCAGCUCUUCUCUGUGCCAACGUGCUGCUGUAUAUCUAUCUAGAUGCCCUGUACCAGGACACUAAUCCUCUCUCAGCACACAUGCAGUGCCCACCACGCCACUUUAAAGUGGGCACUAUGACCACAUGUACUCCUUGGCUCCAGUGCCCAGAAAUUCGUGCUGAAGUCCACCGUGUAAAACUCAUUGGACAAGGGGCUGUAAAGAUGGUUUAUCUGUCAGAGUGGCGAGGGCAGAAGGUAGCUCUGUCGGUCUUGUCUUCGGAGAAGUAUAAAGAGGAUUUUCUCCAUGGAGUGUCAAUGCUACGUUCCUUGCAGAGCACCCACGUUGUAUCGCUUGUCGGGGUAUGUGAGGAGGAAGGUGUGUUUGUUACAGAGUACCAUCCUCUUGGAUCAGCUCUGACUCUUGAUGCCACCCUUGCCCAAGACAGAUAUCGCUGGCGAAACUCAUGGCAUACUCGGCUACAGCUGGCAAUAGACUACGUUGCCUUCAUGGCAUACCUGCACAGCAGUCCGGUGGGUAUCCGUGUGAUGUGUGACUCAAAUGACCUACACAAAACUCUCAGCCAAUUUCUUCUGGCAUCUGACAUGCAUCUGUUGGCCAACGACCUGGAUGCACUGCCUGAGGUGGAAAGAGGACAUCAGGGGGUGAAGUGUGGCCACCAUGAGCUAACUGGAGACUUUGUUGCUCCUGAGCAGUUAUGGCCUCAUGGCGAGGAUGUUUCUUUCUCAGAUGAGCUCAUGCCUGACUACGAUGAAAAGACAGACAUCUGGAAGAUUCCAGAUGUGACACGUUUCUUAUUGGGGAAUGUCCUAGGAAGUGAUGUCAUCCAUUUUCACUUGUUUCAGAUCUAUACAGAGUGCAAAAGGAAGGAUCCUCAUUUGCGGCCCUCGGCACUUGAGGUUCUCAACGUUUAUCGCUCUGUCUAUGACAGUAUGUUAGAGAGCCAAUCACAGAGAGUUAGAGAAAUGUUGUAAAGAAUUAAUAGCCUCUUAUGAUCCUAAGGUUUUAGAGAGUAUAAAGUUAUAAAAGUGGUCCUUAUUUCAUAUAAAUUAAGUUUUGUCAUUCCAUGUCAUUGAGAAGAAUAUACAGUUAAAUCUGUAUUCCGUUGAUGAGAACAACAUCUAACAGAGGAUGAGUUGCAGCUCCAAAUUAAUUCUGAAAGGGAUAGUUCACCCCAAAAUGAAGAUUCUCUCAUCAUUUACUCACCCUCGUGCAUCCCAGAUGUGAAUGAUUUUCUUUCUUCUGCAAAACACAGAUUAAGAUUUUUAGAAAAUAUUUCAGUUCUGUAGGUUCAUACAAUUAAAGUGAAUGGUGACCAGACCUUUGAAGCACAUAAAGGCAGCAUAAAAGUAAUCCAUAUUACUCUGUUGGUUAAAUCUAUGUCUACUGAAGCAAUAUGGUUGGUAAGAGUGAGAUACGGAUCAAUAUUAAAGUCAGUUUUUACUAUAAAUAUUCCCUGCCAAUAUGCCGAAGAAUGCAAAUCACCAACCACAAAAGUAGUGUACUCUAGGAGAGAAGAGUGCAUAGGUGAAUGUGGACAUUUGUAGUAAAAAAAGGACUUAAGUAUUGUUCUUUUUCUCACCCACACCUAUCAUAUCGCUUCUGAAGACAUGGAUUUAAAUACUGGAGUCAUAUGGAUUACUUUUAUGAUGCCUUUAUGUGCUUUUUUGUGAGCUUCAAAGUUUUGGUGACCAUUCACUUGCAUUGUGUGGACAUACAGAGCUCAAAUAUUCUUCUAAAAUUCUAUCAAUGUGUUGUACAGAAGAAAGAAAGUCAUCCACAUCUGACAUGGCAUGAGAGUGAGUAAAUGAUGAGAGAAUUUUCAUAUUUUGGGUGAACUAUUCCUUUAAACUAAGAAGGUUUGUCAAGCAAUACCUCAUAAACAUUAUUUUCACCCGAGUGAAUAGAACUUGAGUUACUGAUGCAAUGCUUAAAUCUGUUUCUUUUAAUUUUCAGAGGAUUACACUGAACCUGAUUUGGUAAUUUGAUUGUUCUUUUUCAACAUCUGGGAGCAUUUAAUAAAAAGAAAAAUCU